AACAAGAUACAAAUUGUUCGCCAUCUAGGGUGCUGAUAGGCAGCUUUACUUGAUUUUCACACAAUCUGGCAACAUUUGAAAUUUUUGACGCUUCUUUUCAACGCAUAAAUUCAUUUCGGUACACACUUUCUAUCAUGACAUCAUCCGCACCAAAGUCACCGCCCGGCCACUUCAGCUUGCUCUAUUUUGCCAGCGCCAGCUCUUUUACAGGCAAAGAUUACGAGAGCCUGUCUGCGCCUAUAUCUAUUGGAAAGCUCUUUUCCGAACUGGAGUCGCGAUAUCCCGGAAUGCAGGCUAAGAUACUCGACUCGUGUUUGGUAACGGUCAACCUGGAUUAUGUAGACAUUCCCACGGAGGGCGAAGAAGGCCUGGUGAUCCAAGAGGGAGACGAGGUUGCCAUAAUUCCACCAGUUAGCUCUGGCUGAUUAUCUGGCAGUGCAUUCGUAUUUGUGACAAGCUUUGCGUUCUCUUGGUGGCUGCGG